AUGGCUAGCUCAAGAGAUACAAGAGCAGAACAAGAACAGCUGGCUCAAGAGGCACAAGAGCGCGCGGAGCAGGAACAGCUGGAAAGACUAGCCAGAGAGGCUCAAGAGCGAGCGGAGCAGGAACGGCUGGCUCGAGAGGCACAAGAGCGCGCGGAGCAGGAACGGCUGGUCAGAGAGGCUCAAGAACGUGCGGAACAGGAACAGCUGCUAGCCAGAGAGGCUCAAGAACAUGCGGAACAGGAACAACUGGCUCGUGAGGCUCAAGUACGAGCGGAGCAGGAACGGCUGGUCAGAGAGGCACAAGAACAUGCGGAACAAGAAUGGCUGGCCAGAGAGGCUCAAGCGGAACAAGAACGGCUAGCCAGAGAGGCUCAAGAACAUGCGGAACAGGAAUAA